AUGAAUGGAAUUGAAAUCCUUUCCAUUUCUUUUCAACCAUACAUACGACAGAUUCCAAUUCCUUUGAUAAAUUUCAUUCAUUUCAAAAAUAUUUUGAGAACCGCAAAUUCCCUUCCACUAUUCCGAGAUUACUUGCUAUCCUUAAUUCCAAUUCCUUUUACAAAUUCCAUUCAUUACUCUGCAAUAAGAAAAGGUACACAUUUAGGUCCAUUGAAUCUCAAAUACCUUGCUUUAUCAAAUUACUGCCUUCAAUCCACUAAUUACAAGCUGAUAAAGCAUGGAAAUGAUGUACAGCAAAUUGAGACAUCAGGGAAGGGAAAUGUCACAUGGUGUGGUCUUUGGUGGGUUCAAAUGUUAAAAACACGUGGUGAAUAUAAAAAGGGUGUUGGUGUUGAAGGAACCUCUUUGUUCAGCUGUGAUGCUUGAACAAGCAUCUUUUUGCUGU